AUGGAUCCCCAAGCCGCCUGGCAGCCUUUGCUGGCUGCAAGAGUGCUGGACCAGAGGCAAGUGCCGCACGCCGUGAGGUCCAUUGGCCAGGCGACAAGCGCUCCUCGGAGAUCGCUGGCAGAUUUUGCCUCCCCAGCUGCUGGGCUGCUGGCUGCUAGCAAGAUCGUGUCAGCGCGCCGUGGGGCUGUGAAGCGACGGGCUACGGACAAGGCGACCGAGAAGUCCGGCCGGAGCAUUUGCAUCAGCCACGAGUUUACCUUGGAGAAGAGCCUCACAAAAGGCUCGUCAAGCUCAAUGGAUGCCUUCAUGCGAGAGAAUGCAGCUGAGGUGAGCCUGCAGAACUUGGAACGGAUUGUCCCCAAGGCUGACCAGCCAGAGAUCUUGCAAUGCUACAUGAAGCCCAAUGACAUCGGCCCUUACCGAUCACAGCUCAUGAUGGAGGUAAAGGUCGAGGUUGCUGCGGCUGGUGGCAAGUGCAACGUUCACAUCCUGGACAUGCACCCAGGAAACGUGGACAAGAAGACAGGGGAGGUCACUUUUGAUCCGCAGUACAAGAUGGACAUGGAGUCCGAGAACAUCAUUGAGUGGACUGAGAACGGACAAGGAGGUCUUGAGAUCGUCAACCAUGCUUGGUCCAAGUCGAGGAUGAACCUCCCAUGGUGGUUCCCCCUGCCGGAUGGCUUUGUUGAGAAGGCUGCCAAAUUGAUGACCGGGAAGGUGGUCAAAGAUGGCAUGGCCAAGGUUAAUGAGCAGAUUGAGGCCAAGUUUUCCACUUGGCUGGAGCAGGAGAAGGUAGACGCCUGA